GAAUGAGAUCCUGUCUGGAAACAGAAACAAGUGAGGCAUGGGAGGACCUUGUUGAGUCGCCUACCAGAAGACAGAGAAGAAACAUGGAUGUAGAUAUUGUCCAGGUUUGCCCAAGUGUUUCAGAUUGCACGUUAAAGGACAAAAUUGUGCAAUCAGAUCGUCCUUGAGUUCCCCUGAAGGGCUGUGACUCCUGCAGCAGCUCGGGUAAGCUGAAGGGAGGACACCGGUCUUGGUUCUUUUGAACAGUUUCAGAAGUAAGGCAGCCUUUUCUUGGUCAAUAUGUUCUGGCUGUCAGCACCUCUGCUCCUCAGUCCAGCCAUGGGGAUCAUCGUGGCUGGCCCCCCCGUGACAGGUCCUCAGGUCAGUAGUAGCCUGACCUCACCCGGUGCCUGUGUCGAUCACUGCAUCAUCUCCUCCCCAGGUGUUUCGUUGGCUCCAAAUAUCACAAGCAGAGGGAGAACAGGACAGUAAGAUGUAAGGGCAAGGGAGGUUACAGACACACAAAGGUUAUGACUGAGCCUUGUUUAUAAGUGCAACUUUGUCACCUAUACUUGAACAUUGGAGACAGAAGUGCAGUGUGCAGCCUUCCCACGGCCGCGGGACAAUAUGGCACCGCAGAAAGACAAGAAGCCUAAGAAGUCAACCUGGAGGUUCCAUUUGGACCUCACUCAUCCAGUGGAAGAUGGAAUUUUUGAUUCUGGAAACUUCGAAAAGUUUCUCCGGGAGAAGGUUAAAGUCAAUGGGAAAACUGGAAAUCUUGGAAAUGUUGUUCACAUUGAAUGCUUGAAGAAUAAAAUCACAGUUGUUUCUGAGAAACAGUUCUCUAAAAGGUAUCUGAAAUAUCUUACCAAGAAAUACCUUAAGAAGAAUAAUCUCCAUGACUGGCUUCGUGUGGUUGCAUCUGACAAGGAGACCUACGAACUUCGCUAUUUCCAGAUUAGUCAGGAUGAAGAUGGCUCAGAGUCUGAAGAUUAGAUGGCCUUUGUAUGCUUUAAAGAAAAACUAAAAUUGGACUUUUUCGGGAAAUAAAAACAAUUGCACUCUUAAAAAAAAAAAAGAAGAAGAAGUGCAGUGUGCAUAGGGCUCAGGGUUCUCCACUGUUCUGGCUACCCCCUCCCGACAGAUAUGAGGGGAUUGUUGACUUCCUCCCUGUCCCUGUACUGCCACUGAUGUCUCUAUUCCUAAAGUACAACUGUUAGCAUGGCACCAGCUCCAGGGCUGGCGUCCACUGCCUAUCAGUGUAGCCUCACCUUUGCCACCACUGGGAAAGUGGCCUGGGACAACCACACCUUAUUUCUUCACCCAAAGGCUUUUUCUGGCCCACCUUGCUGGAAGUGCCAAGCAUUGGUUCCCACCCUCCAGCCUUCAGCCACUAGAAGAUGGGAAGUGAUGUUUAACCACUUGCCCCUUCAGCAGAGAGAUGGCAAGGGGUGGGAUGUUCGCUGAUGGCUAAAGCUUGCCAAGGGGACUGACUUACCCACAGCUGUAGCUGCUCUGAUAUACUCCUCAUUGGCUGCUGCCUGCCCUGUCGCUGCCCCUCUUCCCAUUGGUGUUCCCUCCACACUGUAAACAAGCAGCUUGCAUGUGGACCACCCUCCCAGAAGGCACCUUGCAGUUUUGAGCCUUUGUUUUCAUCCUC